GUGUGUGUUAUCUUAAGGCCGAUGCGGUGUUUUGGUGCAUGAGCGGUGACUUUGUGACUGCACGGCCGCCUCGCAUUGCUGUGUUGGUGCAACCUGAGUGACGGCGGCAGCUGAGGACGUGGGGCAGGAAUCCCCUCAUGGGACUCGGCGCCUGAUCUGGGGAGAGCUCACAGCACGGACAACCAGCCUGCUUCGGGGGUUGCGAAAAGGAUUAAAAAACUAACCAAAAAAAGCGUUUUAUUUUCCUUGCAGCCCGGAACGCACCAUAACGCCAAACGGGACUGUGGGUGCGUAAUGCGGGGGAGCCAUGUUGUCCAGAAAAGGACUCAUCCCGGAGGAUUACCUGCUGACACGCUUGGCUGAAGAUGUCCUGCAGCAGCCAAAGUUCAAGUCAAAAAGCAGGAAAGCUCGCUUCGUGGCCAAGAAUGGCGCCUGCAAUGUGGCGCACACCAACAUCCGCGAACAGGGUCGCUUCUUGCAGGACGUCUUCACCACCUUGGUGGAUCUAAAAUGGCUACACACGCUCAUCAUCUUCACCAUGUCCUUCCUGUGCAGCUGGCUCCUGUUCGGCAUGAUCUGGUGGCUCAUCGCCUUCGCGCACGGCGACCUGGACCAGCGAGGGGGCGACUUUGUUCCGUGCGUCACGGAGAUCCACUCCUUCUCCUCCGCCUUCCUCUUCUCGAUCGAGGUGCAGGUGACCAUCGGCUUCGGAGGGCGAAUGGUGACCGAGGAGUGCGUGUCUGCUAUCAUCAUGCUCAUCGUGCAGAACAUCGUGGGUCUUGUCAUCAACGCCAUCAUGCUGGGCUGCAUCUUCAUGAAGACCGCGCAGGCCAACCGGCGCGCGGAGACGCUCAUCUUCAGCAAGCACGCGGUGGUGUCGGUCCGAAACAACAAACUGUGCUUCAUGGUCCGCAUCGGGGACCUGAGGAAAAGCAUGAUCAUCAGCGCCACCGUGCGGAUGCAAGUGGUGAGGAGAAGCACCACUGAGGAAGGCGAGGUGCUGCCUUUGGACCAGAUCGACAUCCACAUGGAUAACCCGGUGGGUACCAACGGGGUCUUCCUGGUGUCCCCCCUCAUCAUCUGCCACGUCAUCGACAAGGACAGCCCCCUGUACGACAUGUCCGCCGCCGACCUCCAGCACGACGACGUGGAGGUCAUUGUGGUUCUGGAGGGCGUGGUGGAGACCACCGGCAUCACCACACAGGCCAGAACCUCCUACGUGUCCGAGGAGAUCCUGUGGGGGCAGCGCUUCGUGCCCACCGUAUCCGAGGAGGACGGCAUGUACGCGGUGGACUACUCCAAGUUCGGCAACACGUUGAAGGUGCCCACGCCGUGCUGCAGCGCCAAGACGCUGGACCGGGCGGGAGGCAUCGCGCACUUUAAACUGGUGGAGGGCGUCACCUUGCGGCCGUCUGUGAGAAGGCGGCGAGGGUCCACCAUGGGCCGGCGCUCCAGGAUGGAGAGCCGAUGACGAGUAGCUGCUUGCAUCUAAUAAUACUUGUAAUAUUAAGGGAUGGAUUCACGUAUGCAAUACAUGCAUCAUUAAAAACCCACUCAGGUCAGAGACACACAGAACUUGGUACUGUUCAACCACAAGAACCCUGCAGUCCUGAAUGUAAAGAAGUCCAAUUUGAAUGAUACAAUUCUCCAUUUAUUAAACGAAAUCAACAUAAAACGCAAAUGACACACACAGGGUGUUAUGAGCAUCUUUGACCACUGGGGGCAGUGUCCUCACCAAAAGAAUGCUAUAUAUAAAUAAUUCUAUAGCAGGGGUGUCCAAACUUUUUUUUUUUUUUUUUUCCCGAGGGCCACAUACUGACAACUGAAAGGAUGCAAGGGCCACUUUGAUAUUUUGUAAAGCGACACAUGUUGAUACUGUAUGCUAAGAAGUUAUACAGUAUAUAUCUUAAGAAAAAAAAAUCAACUUCACUCUUUGUUUUUUCCCCAUUUUUGCUGUUGUUCGUUUUUACUUCACAAAUAUUUCAAAUAUCUUCUUAAAUAAUCUUUGUGAAUUUUCUUUGCGUAAUAUUAUGACUUCAUUCCCAUAAUAUUCUAAAUGUAUUCCCAUGAGGUUUUUCCCCAACCUAAUGUUCCAGAAAUGAUAACUUUUGUUUUUUUCCCUCAUAAUAUUAUGACUUUUUAAAAACGUAUUUUUCUCUAAUCAUUAAGUUCUAUGCUACUAAAAUUUCCCUCAUAUUGUGAGCUAAUUCUCUUAAAUUGCGACUUUUUUUCUUAUUAGAAUACAACUUUUUUGCUGAAUAUUUUGACUUUAUUCUCGCAAAAUUGUACAGCUGUAUUUUUCACUUUAGCUGUUUUUUUUUAAAAUGUCCCAACUACUACAAGUUUCCUCUUCUAAAUUGUAAUAUUAUGAAUUAAUAUUACAUUUUAUAAUAUUACAUAUUAUCCUAUAAUAUUACAACUUUUUCUCCGACGUAAUUUUCCAAAAAUUACAACUUUAUUUCGU